GGAAGCGCCUGCGCGGGGCUGCGGAGUCGCGGGGCUGUGCGCCCUUGGACCAUGGCGACCCAGGCGAAGCGCCGGCGGGUGGCAGGGCUUGUGGGCUGCGAGGACCCGACCCCGGUGGCCGGCUUCCUGAGCUGGUGCCGGCGGGUGGGACUGGAGCUGAGUCCCAAGGUGGCGGUGAGCCGGCAGGGCACGGUGGCCGGCUACGGCAUGGUGGCCCGGGAGAGCGUGCAGCCCGGGGAGCUGCUGUUCGCGGUGCCGCGGGCCGCACUCCUGUCGCAGCACACCUGCUCAAUCAGCGGCCUGCUGGAGCGAGAGCGAGGCGCGCUGCAGAGCCAGUCGGGAUGGGUGCCGCUGCUGCUGGCGCUGCUCCACGAGCUGCAGGCCCCGGCCUCGCCCUGGAGCCCCUACUUUGCGCUGUGGCCCGAGCUGGGCCGCUUGGAGCACCCCAUGUUCUGGCCAGAGGAGGAGCGCCGGCGAUUGCUGCAGGGCACCGGCGUACCCGAGGCCGUGGAGAAGGAUUUGGCCAGCAUCCGCAGCGAGUAUUAUUCCAUCGUGCUGCCCUUCAUGGAAGCCCACCCCGAUCUUUUCAGCCCCAGGGUUCGCUCUCUGGAACUGUACCGCCAGCUCGUGGCUCUUGUGAUGGCCUACAGCUUUCAAGAACCACUGGAGGAAGAGGAUGAUGAAAAGGAGCCAAACUCCCCUUUGAUGGUGCCUGCUGCAGACGUACUAAACCACUUAGCCAAUCACAAUGCCAAUCUAGAAUACUCUCCAAAUUGUCUUCGGAUGGUGGCCACUCAGCCCAUUCCUGAAGGCCAUGAGAUUUUCAACACUUACGGGCAAAUGGCUAACUGGCAGUUGAUUCACAUGUAUGGUUUUGCUGAACCGUAUCCUGACAACACGGAUGACACGGCUGACAUUCAGAUGGUGACGGUUCGUGAAGCAGCAUUACAGGGAACAAAAGUUGAAGCUGAAAGGCUCCUACUGUAUGAACGCUGGGAUUUCUUAUGCAAACUGGAGAUGGUAGGGGAAGAGGGAGCCUUUGUGAUUGGGCGGGAGGAGGUGCUGACAGAAGAGGAACUGGCCAUGACACUCAAGGUACUGUGCAUGCCUGCUGAGGAGUUCAGAGAAUUUAAAGAACAGGAUGGAUGGGGAGAUGAUAAAAGGGAAGAGGACAGCCUGACAAUCACAAAUAUCCCCAAACUCAAAGCAUCAUGGAGACGGCUUCUUCGGGACAGUGUUUUGUUGACCCUGCAAACCUAUGCCACAGACUUGAAAACUGAGCAAGAUUUACUCAGUAGUAAGGAGGUCUACGCCACACUCAGCUGGAGGGAACAGCAAGCCUUACAGGUUCGUUAUGGUCAGAAGAUGAUCUUACACCAAUUAUUGGAACUGACAAAUUAGCAGGUUCCCUUUUUCCUGAAGAAUGUCCAGGAGAAGAACUCUCUAAGCUGGUACACACUGAUGCUUGAAAAGGAGGAUAAUUUGGACCUUUUGUUUUGCAUUUCAUACUAAAUACCAAAAGGAAAAGUAGCAAAACUGUUGUCUAGGAUGAAUUCCAAGGUAAGAGUGACAUGCUGAAGGAUUGGGAACAGUAGACGUGGGAACUGCUGCUUAUUGUUAUGAACACUAAUAAAUUUUAGAGCUGUUUGGUUCUCAGUUUGAUCCAAAGUUGGCAGAAAUGUGAUAGGGAUACAUUUUGUUGUAGUCUGGCAUUUAAUAACAUGGACUUUGAAAGUAGACGUGGUUCAAAUCCAGGUCUAUUUUGAACAAGUCACUUUCCCUUUUUAACAACUGUUUCCUGUUGGAGGAUUUAAUAAGCUGUGUCACUGGGACUCUGAGCAAUUGUUUAAAUUCCUUAAGCAGCCUAGAUGGCACAACUUACCCUUAAGACGCCAAUGACAUUCAAGUCCCUGUGUAAGAUUUCUACUGUUUAAUCUUGAACCUUCUUUUUGUCCUCUCUGGCCAUAAAACUUGAGUCAUAAAAGGUAAGGUGUAUAUAUAUGUUUUAAAUAUAUACCUACUCCUUUUCUUUUAAAAAUUAUAUCUAACAAACAUUGUAUAGCAAUUAUAGUCCAAUAAAGAUGUUAAAAAAUAUAUAUUGAAACACCAUGAGGGUAAAGGAUGUUUUUAAAUGGGCAUUUUGAAAUUGUUUUUGUUUAAUCAUAGAAACCUCCAAUAAUUUUUCACUGUUGGAAAGGAAAAGGAAAACACUACACAAAAAUCACUUCCUUGUUUAAAGAUGCCAGAUUGGUAGUGGGAAAAACCUACCAUUCAGCAAAAGUUGGUGUUCCCCAAUGGGAAGGCUGGGUGAUCCACUUUCCUCCUCACCACCAGCACUGGCUGCUACUGAGAAAGGCACAGUGGACUCGUGUGUGUGUCAUGACUUUAAUGUUUGUUUGACUACAGUAUGCAUACACAUACAAGAAGUAGGGAAGCUAAAGCCCAGGAACUAGGAAGGCUACAAAAUACAACACAUGGACCAAUACAUUUACAAAACAUUCAGAAUCCUUACAAAAGGGGCUGUAUUGGUCCUUUUGACUUUGUUGUUGUUCAGCUUAGUCUGUAUGGCCAUUCAUUGGGAUAAUGGGGAAGGGCAAUUCAUAAUAUUUGGUUCCUUUCUGCACAGUUUACAAGUUAUCAGGAGAGAGAUGGGGGAACUUUAGGCCUGGUUUGGCUUCCCUUUAUAAAAAGAAGUGUCUCAGAGGGCCCAAAGGGAUGUGUUCUGCAGCAGAAAAGAGAAAAUGAUGCUCUGCCAGCAGCCAGCUUUAGAUUUGGGGAAGAGGCAAAAUAAAAAUCUACGGGAUCUCAAUUGUGAACUCUUCCCAUAUUUCCUGGCAUACCAAAUUCUACACAUCGACAUUUUUUAACAACUCUGAUUUUCAAGGUCCCCAUCCAUAUUUAAAAAAAAUAAGUCACACAGUAUUUAAACUGGCUUUCCUGCUAUUCUUUGGGACACCAGGAAUGUCAGAUGACAUGGAGCUAAGCCCCCCGGCCCCAACA